UGCGGCAGACGCAUCUCUCUCACGCCCCACUCGCCUCAUCGGACACUGCGUUGUAUUUUGUUUUGCUUCGUCGAUCUGGGUCCCCGUGUUGCGGUUGUUGGUGUGACUUUUUCCCCGUUUUUCUGUGUCUGGUUAGGAUCACAACGAUGGGUUUGGAUGAGGACUUCGAGCAGGCUGCCAAGGACGCCAAGGCGCUGACAGCGAUGCCCUCCAACGACGACCUGCUCAUUCUUUACGGCUUGUUCAAAGUGGCUACUGUAGGGAAGAACAACACCGUCCGCCCGGGCAUGCUGGACCUCAAGGGCAAGGCCAAGUGGGAUGCGUGGAAGAAGGUGGAGGACAAGUCGCCAGAAGACGCCAAGCGGGACUAUAUCCUCAAGGUGCAGCAGCUCCAGGAAGCUUGAAGCGCCUCUUGGGAAGUCCACACCCGCCUUGAGGGUUUGUGCGACGCAUGUCCAUGUGCUGUCCGUAAUGCGAUGAUCGCCGUCGUCGCAUGGAUUAUGAUCAUGUCGGCGACAGAAUGUGUGAGGUUUGGUGUAGGACUGUAGUUGCAGGAUUAUUGGCAUGGGCAGUUCAAUGGUGUAACCCAUUGUGUUGGAUCUUGGAGAAUUGUUCAUGCUCCCAGCCAUCUUGUGACUGGAGUUGGUGUUUUAAUUCUACACGACUUGUGAGGGAACCCCCCAUUCCAAGAGA